CCUCGCAGCGCCGGGCUCGGCCGCCGCGGGGCCAUGGAGUUCGCCGAGCUGAUCAAGACCCCUCGGGUGGACAACGUGGUGCUGCACCGGCCUUUCUAUCCGGCCGUGGAGGGGACCCUGUGUCUGACGGGCCACCACCUGAUCCUGUCCUCGCGGCAGGACAGCACGGAGGAGCUGUGGCUCCUCCACUCCAACAUCGACGCCAUCGACAAGCGAUUUGUGGGAUCUCUGGGGACCAUCAUCAUAAAAUGUAAAGAUUUUCGAAUUAUUCAGUUGGAUAUUCCUGGAAUGGAGGAAUGUUUAAAUAUAGCCAGUUCCAUUGAGGCAUUGUCUACCCUGGACUCAGUCACUCUGAUGUACCCCUUUUUCUACCGGCCCAUGUUUGAAGUGAUAGAAGAUGGUUGGCAUUCCUUCCUUCCUGAGCAAGAGUUCGAACUCUACUCUUCAGCUACCAGUGAAUGGAGGCUAAGCUAUGUCAAUAAAGAGUUUGCUGUCUGUCCUUCUUACCCACCAAUUGUCAUAGUGCCCAAGUCUAUUGAUGAUGACGCUCUUCGCAAGGUGGCUACAUUUCGACAUGGUGGGCGUUUCCCAGUACUAAGCUAUUAUCAUAAAAAAAAUGGAAUGGUAAUUAUGAGAUGUGGUCAACCUCUUACUGGUACCAGUGGGAGAAGGUGUAAGGAGGAUGAGAAGCUGAUAAACGCUACUCUCCGGGCAGGAAAGCGAGGCUACGUCAUUGACACCCGAUCUCUACAUGUAGCACAGCAAGCUAGAGCCAAAGGAGGCGGCUUUGAACAAGAAGCUCAUUAUCCCCAGUGGAGGCGGAUUCAUAAGUCCAUUGAAAGAUAUCACAUUCUUCAAGAGAGUUUAAUCAAACUGAUGGAAGCUUGUAAUGACCAAACGCAUAACAUGGACCGAUGGCUCAGUAAGUUGGAGGCUUCCAACUGGCUAACUCAUAUCAAAGAGAUUCUGACAACUGCCUGUCUAGCAGCUCAGUGUAUUGACAGGGAAGGAGCAUCGGUACUGGUUCAUGGAACAGAAGGGACGGACUCCACACUUCAGGUGACCUCACUAGCCCAGAUCAUCUUGGAGCCUAGGAGCAGAACCAUCCGAGGCUUUGAAGCCCUGAUAGAGAGGGAGUGGCUACAGGCUGGUCACCCAUUCCUUCAGCGUUGUGCACAGUCUGCCUAUUGCAACAGUAAGCAGAAGUGGGAGGCACCUGUGUUUCUUCUCUUCUUGGACUGUGUGUGGCAGAUACUCCGUCAGUUCCCAUGUUCCUUUGAAUUUAAUGAGCACUUCCUCAUCAUGCUGUUUGAACAUGCCUAUGCAUCACAAUUUGGAACAUUUCUGGGCAACAGUGAAAGUGAAAGAUGUAAAUUGAAGCUACAACAGAAAACAAUGUCUCUGUGGUCCUGGGUCAAUCGGCCCUGUGAGCUGAGUAAGUUCACCAAUCCUCUCUUUGAAGCCAACAACCUUGUCAUCUGGCCUUCGGUUGCCCCACAAAGUCUCCAGCUGUGGGAAGGACUUUUCCUCCGUUGGAACAGAUCCUCUAAGUAUCUGGAUGAAGCAUAUGAAGAAAUGGUUAACAUCAUUGACUAUAAUAAGGAAUUACAAGCAAAAGUCAAUCUCCUGAGGAGGCAGUUGGCCGAACUAGAAACGGAAGAUGGACUUUGUGAGAGUCCUUGAAGGAUGUUCCCAUACACCAUGAGGACCUUCUCCAGCCUGAGCUUACCUCUCUUUCUGUUUGCCCUUCCAUUUACUUGUACACACUAACCUUGACCGGCUUUGGAAAUGGGAUCCUCUAAUGCCGUGGAAUGAGGGUCCCUGCAAUCAAAUCCGGUUUCUGUGGCCUGUGAGACCUUUUGCUUUAGGAGAAGGAAGGAGGUGCUGGUCCUUUCCUUGGGAGUGACACUGGUGGCCACUUAGUCCUGUGUCCCCUGAGUAUUCAGUACUCAAGUAGGCCCAGGCACAGAUCAUCUAUUUAGGGAAUAUUUGGUGAUGGGUCAGGCUUUCAGGCACUGAGUAGAGAAGUGUUUUUCAAAACUAAAAUGAUUGAUAAACCAAGAAUUUUGUCUUUAACAUGCUACUUCUAUUAUCUUUGCCAUAUAAAACAACUGUUCUCUUUAAAACAGUUUUGGACUGACAAAGCUGAAUUCAUUCUUGUUCUGUCUUGUCAAGAAAGGAAAAUUAGAAUAGUUAUUCACGGGAAAUCCUUCCUACAGGAUAACAAAU